AGAUAGGCUCGCGGGGCGGUGAAAGCUAGAUGCGUGUCGGCACGUCGGGAACUUUGAUACGCUGAUCCAAUCGCGCUAAGCAAUGAGUCUCAAGGCUCAGGGCAAGCUCAGGAACGAGAUAGUACGUGCGGAGUAGGAACGGCGCAUCCCCUCUUGACCACCUCGUCUCUCCACUGUUACCCAGCAUGUCCCAGCUACCGUACAACAGCACAGCGUACAUCGUAGACGAUAGAGACCCCAAUAUCAGCUAUUCGCAAGGAUGGCUGCAAGUCACCACUUCUGCGGAGUACAACGAUACGAAGACGGGCGCGGAUGAAGCUGGAAUGACUGCAAUUUAUGUGUUCAAUGGCACCGGCAUUGAGGUGUAUGGAUCGUUAGGCUCUUACGACGUCUAUGGUGUUCCAGUUUCCUCAUACGAAAUCGAUGGCUUCCCAGACACCCUGGUGGAAUACACCGCGCCCCUCAUCACGCCCGGGACUUUCGCCGCGCAUGUCCUGUUUUACCGUUCGCCUCCAUUGCAACCUGCAGAACACACCCUCGUCAUUACAAACAUCAAUGGUACUGCGCCAUCUGUCUACUGGCUUGACUACAUCCUUUACACGCCUUCCGGAGGUGUCAAUUUAGCCGCAUCAUCAUCUUCGCAGAUAUCAACAUCUCAAAGUUCCACAUCUGCUUCAUCACCUUCAGCAUCUUUAUUAUUGGCGUCAACGUCAACAUCUACCUCCUUGGCAGGUGCGCAGACGUCUUCACCUUCAGUAGCGUCAACCUCCCAUACCGGGGCUGUCGUUGGAGGAGUGGUCGGAGGAGUGGUGUUUCUCGCAGCACUCAUUCUGUCGCUGUUUUGGUUCUGCUAUCGUAAGCGCAAUCAGAGUGCCCCUGCUUUCGAAGGAGAGGUCACUGCUUUCGGAUCGUGGCCUGCCAACCCUACUGUACGGCCUUCGACUAUACAAUCUGAGAAACUGGCGAGUGCUGCACAUACUCCCAUGCUUAGUGCGGAUACGCCUUCGCCCAGCUUCCCCGUAGCGAGUACAUCUAGCCUAGUAGACUCCGCUACUCGAACGAGGCAAGCAGCACCGGUACCCCCUCCGACUCCCCAGACAAACGCGACGCGCGAACACACUUCGUCUCCAAGCAUGAGAAUGCACUCAGAUUCAGGGAUUCGUCUUCCACCAGGGCAGGUGGUCGACAUUCCCCCCGCCUAUACUGAUGACUAGUUACAUACCUUUUUCUGGGUCACUCGUCUAAUUGGUGCUACUUACCAAACUAUCUAAGCCGUACUAAUACGCAUGGUCUGUGCCCUGUGUAGUACAAGUUCACUUUUCUGGGCCUUAUCUUCCCCCAAAAUGAUGAAAUACACUGGC